GACUGCUUUUUUUCAUGCUGCCAUGUAAUUGACUCUCGGAGUGUUUCUAUGAGAUUGUUGUCGGAGUGAGAGUAAGGUUGCCUUCUCUUUCAGUAGAAAUAAUACUGUAACACGAGCGCCUUCAGUUCAGCUUUGACGCACUCUCGGAGACGUGCGCGAGAGAGUCACUUGCGUUUAUCGCUCAUCCAAUCGUUUUAUUUUACGCGUGUUUUCACGUGCACUGUCUCACCGGGAAUGAACAAAUAACUGAGCGACCAUUUACGCGUUUUCCGAGCACCACGCAAGUGUUUUGUGUACUAGGAGAAGAUAGCAAGUGUUCUGCGUUUGUCUAUGAACGGCAUCAUCUAUGAGCUACAAUGGAACGGAAUCAAAAAACUGUAAGAAUGCAGAUAAUCAUCUGUCUUUUGAUCAUUUUGGUUCAAGCAUCAACAGAAAAUGACAGUAACUUUAAGAUGUGUGGAACAUGGCGCCAUGGCAACGCAUCACGAACUCUGAAGUAUGAUUUGAAAACAGGCUGUGAGAAUAUUGCGAUUUCAGCCAGUGAGAGCACACUUUCUAUUCAGGGCAGUAUCACAGCCAAGUGCACACAAUCUUCGUCCAUUAAUCUAGAAUCAAACCCUCUUCAAAAUCAAAGUCAGUUCUGUGUGUUCUGGGAGCCGCUGCUGGACCUGCUGAUAGUGCAGGUGAAUGGAAAGAAACACACUCUUUGUCGACCAAAUGGCCUUCAAGAAAUGUGCUGCACUCACCUCUCACCAGAGCAUCAAGAAGCUGCUGCUCUGUAUGGUAUUGCGAAUGGCAGCAUCCACGGUGAUAUCCUCACAAAUGAUGUCAUGGGAAAUUAUACAUUUAGAGGACAUACAAUCGACUGCAAGAAGAAAUUGUGUGAUGAGGCAAGUACGAAGCCCAGUGGAGCAAACAUGAUAGAGGAAGCAGUGAUGAAAUCCAAUACAACAGGUCAGGUGAAUCUACUUUGUGCUCAGAGCAGAGUCAUUGAGAUGAACGAUGGUUUCACAGGACUCAAUUUCACUCUGCCAGGCCCUCGAACUGCAGCUGCAAACAGGACACCCUCAGUUUAUCUUCCCUCCUGCCUGAAAUCUAUGUCAAGGAGAAAAACCAAAGUGGUGUGUACUUACUUCAAAAACAAGGCCUUAUUUCAGGGGGGGUCGUCUGAUGCAGUUCUUCUGGAUGACAUAGUUGGACUCUCAGUGGAGAAUGAGACCAUCAAAAACCUCCCAGAACCUGUCAAAAUCAGGUUUCGUCACUCUACUCUCCCACUUAACCAUUCUAGAAGAUGUGUUUCAUGGGACACAAAAGAAGAUAUUGAAGUGACUUGGAGAUAUGACGGCUGUACGACUGUUGAUAUUAAUGAAAGAGAGACAGAAUGUCACUGUAAUCACCUCACAUACUUUGCCAUCCUUGUGCAAGUGGAACAGAAGGCUACAGUUCGCCAUCUAAAGGCUCUGACGUUCAUUACCGCUGUGGGCUGUGCCUUGUCCUUAGUUAGCUGUUUGGUUCUCUUCUAUUGGCUUUGUAAACGCAGAGGGAAGAAAACGCAGAUCUCACUGGUGCACCGUGGUCUAGUGGUGGCGAUAUUUCUUCUGUGCUUGUUCUUCAUUCUUACUGGUACACUGGCCAAUGUAGGAAAUGAAAUCGUCUGUAAGAUAACUGGAUCCCUUCUGCAUUAUGCGCUGCUCUGCACCCUAUGCUGGAUGGCCAUGGAAGUGUUUCACACAUUUUUGUUGAUCCGCAAGGUGUUCAACUCAACCCUCCCGACAUGGAUAUUUUACUUGGGAGGCUUUGGUCUCCCGGUUCUGCUUGUCGGUAUACUGCUCUCAGUAGGAGAUAUAUAUGGCGAAAGGAAUAUUGUACCAAGUGAUGAUGUCAACAAUCCUUACCACAUGUGCUGGAUGUUGAAGAAUGACAAGAGCCUAUUGGCUCAUUACAUCAUUAAUGUUGGCCUACUGGCUGUUGUGGUGAGCUCUGGUGCAGUCAUGCUUUUCGUUGUGGUGAGGGAGAUCCGCAACCGACCUGAUUGGAAGAAGAUUCAUGUGGCUUUUCUCAGUAUAUGGGGUCUCACCUGUCUGUUCGGCACAACUUGGGGUCUGGGUUUCCUGGAUUUUGGCCCCCUGUCAGAGGCCAUUCUCUUCCUCUUCUGCAUUAUCAAUUCCUUACAAGGAUUUUUUCUCAUGCUGCGAUACUAUGCUCUUGAUCGGAUGAAAAAUGAUGAUAGGUCCUUUUCGGAUAGGAGCAGUUCUGGAUCUUCAAAACAGCAAAUGUUACAGACUCAUGAAAAGAGUUAAAAGUCUGGUGAUGCUCAAACAGUGUUUCUCUGAAAUUGCCAAAUUUCACUUCUUUCAGAGAUGUUACAAUGAAAGAUUAUUCACAAAGGGCAUUUUAUUUUGUAAAGAUAUUUUCUCAUCCUGCAGGUCAGGGUGUGGUAUAUUCUUUAGAUGGCAUUGCACUGAUAUUGGGGACCAGAGUGCCAGGUAAUGGAGCAUAAAUGCUUUACCUGUCAUAAGCUGUAUUUCUGUAUUCAUAUGAUAGUUUGUCUCAGUCUUGCACUUUAGCUUUUUUACUGCUGUAUGAAACUGCUGUAUUCUUUGUGAGAUGUUAAUAGGAGUUCUUGCAAAUUGCUUUUAAUAAUGAAUAAAAAUAUA